GCUGUCCUCUCUGUGCACGCGCGUGGUCUCCCCCCACCACCACCUCCACCACCACUAGGUCGAGUCGAGGAGGAGGAGGAGGAGGAAGAGGAGGAGGAGGAGGGAUGAGGCGCGCGGCGGAGGGGAAAUGGCUGCCGAAAACAAGCCGGAAGGACUGAAGAAGAUAAGAAAUCCAGAGCGAAUGGUCAGGAUUGCUGUUGGUUACACAGGACACACCCCUCCCAAGAGUGAUGACACUGACGCCAACAAUGAGCCAGGCCAGUUGAAGAUCUACCUUCCUAAGAAGCUGCUGGAGUGUCUACCCAAAUGUUCCUCUCUGCCCAAGGAGCGCCAUCGCUGGAACACCAACGAGGAGAUUGCUGCAUAUCUCAUCACUUUUGAGAAACACGAUGAGUGGCUGACGACAUCGCCAAAAACCAGGCCUCAAAAUGGCUCUAUGAUCCUCUACAACCGUAAGAAGGUGAAGUACAGGAAAGAUGGCUACUGCUGGAAGAAAAGGAAAGACGGGAAGACCACCCGAGAGGAUCAUAUGAAGCUCAAAGUCCAGGGAGUAGAGUGUCUGUAUGGCUGCUACGUCCACUCCUCCAUCAUCCCCACCUUCCAUCGUAGAUGCUAUUGGCUGCUGCAGAACCCAGACAUUGUGCUGGUGCACUACCUGAAUGUACCGGCAGUGGACGAUAGCGGGAAGCCAUGUGGUCCUGUCCUCUGCUCCAUCAACACAGACAGGAAGGAGUGGGCCAAGUGGAGCAAGGAGGAGCUCAUUGGACAACUCAAACCCAUGUGUGCUGGAAGCAGCCUGCAUCAGAAAUGUUCCAGUGUCAAGCAGCGCAUCAUCUCCUCCAAGCAAGAGUCAGGGGCAGCAGCAGGAGGUGGAGCUGCAGUGGGUACUGGCGUAGCAGCAGGCCAGAGAGCUGAGGAAGCAGAUGGCACAGAGGUCCAGAACAGCGAUGUGUCAGAGGGCCAGACAGAGCCCAGUCCUGGAGGGGGCAGGAGCAGAGCGGGAGGAGGAGAGAGGAGGAAUGGCAGGAUAACCAAACCCUCCCUUCUCCCACAGAGCAGCAUGGAAGUGUCCUCAUCUACCUCCGCCAACCAGGUGGAGGUCCCUGACACCACCCAGAGCUCCCCAUUGUCAAUCACCAGCGACAUGGCUGAUAGCCCCGCUCUCGCCAUUGGGGCUGGCUUGUCACAGAGCACAGCUGUGUUCAUGUCUGAGGUCACCACGCUGACUGGGGAUUCGGUUUACUCUGCUGGCCACACCCAUCUGCUGGCAUCCACCCAUGAGAGUACCACCGCUGGCAUCCUGUUGGCUGUUGCCCCUGAAAACCAGAGGUUUACGUCGUUUCCUGGCGGCGUGGGCUUAGGGGAGGGAGGAGAGUUGGUUCUAUCCAGCUCUCUAGACUCUGGUGGAGGAGUCAGCCUUCCUGAGACCACGAUGACCUUUGACCCCGAUUGCUUCCUCAACAAUCCCAAGCAGGGCCAGACGUAUGGAGGAGGUGGAGGGAAGACCGAGGGGUGUAAUGGUGAUGAUGGAGGACUCCACUGUUCUACUAACGGCUUCGUCUACAACCCAGCCCUCGUCAACAACAUCAAGACGGAAACUACACCCCUGGAGCAGCCGCUGUCCACUCAGAGUAGUUAUGUGGGAGAAGGGACAGGCCUCAGCCCCAGCACCACCCUGGAGCAGAUGGACUUCAGUGCUGUGAUGUCAUCAGCCUGUGUCCAGAGUCUGACCCAGCCUGCACACCACCCCUCCCCCAGCCUCUUCCUCCAGGCUUCCCCCCAGACAAGCCAGCCUUCCCAGCUGCAGACCAAUGGUACUGAGGCAACCCAGGAAUCAGGCGAGGCCCAGGCUUACAUAGGCCUGCCCACAGUGCCAACAGACUCUCCAGUCACCAAUGGAGACCCGCAUACACACCUCCACCAAGCCAGCUCAGACCAGCAGGGCCUGUGUGGAAGGAACGGACAAGGAGCGGCAGUGGGCUCUUUUCCUCUAACACCACAGGAUGCCACCGUCGACCGGUCAGGCAGCAGGCGACAUCGAGAGGUUGGGGGCUUAGACAAGGCUUCUGAGAAUGGAGGGGAGCUACUACUCAAGCCUGGGGAUCCUCACGAGGCCUACACGAGUGUUGACACCGAGCACUACUUGCAACCCACAGAUGACAAUGGAGGAGGAGAGGAGGGCGGGGGUGGUGGUGGAGGAGGAGGAGGUGGAGGAGGAGGAGGGGAAAAUGAGAUUAUCUGUAAUGGUGUAAGUUUGUCAGGGGCCAGCAGUUCAGUGGUGGCCAGUCCUCAGUCGAUAGCUGCUGGUGCGAGCAUCGAGGGGGCGCUCUACAGCUCUCCUCUUCCUCAGCAAGGUGGGGGGGUGUCAGCUACAACAGCUGGGGCAGGAGCGGCCAUUAGUCUGGAAGGCUUUGAGGCUUCAUUUGGAAGCCAGUUCUCUGAUCUCAUCAAUGAUUUCAUCUCAGUUGAGGGGUCUGGAGGUGGGGUGGGGGCAGCUGUCACUGGGGUUCUGAUGCCCCAGGAGGGGGCAGCAGGAGAGGAGCAGGGCACAGGAGCAGGCCACCUGCAGGGCUCGGAGGUGGAGCAGGGAGCUCUGGGACUGCUCCAGGAGACUGGGAGGCUGUUUAGUGUGACAGACUACUCCCCAGAGUGGUCUUAUCCAGAGGGUGGAGUGAAGGUGCUGAUCACAGGUCCGUGGUUGGAGUCGAGCAGUGAGUACAGCUGUCUCUUUGACCACAUCAGUGUCCCUGCUGCCCUUAUCCAGCCCGGGGUGCUGCGCUGCUACUGCCCAGCCCACGACACAGGACUGGUGAUGCUGCAGGUUGCUAUGGGUGGUGAGGUCAUCUCUUCCUCUGUGGUGUUUGAAUACAAGGCGCGUGACCUUCCUGCCCUGCCAUCUUCUCAGCAUGACUGGCUGUCCCUCGAUGAUACCCAGUUCAGGAUGUCCAUCUUGGAGCGUCUGGAGCAGAUGGAACAGAGGAUGGCUGAGAUAACCAAUCAGAACCCCAGCUCAGAAACCAUGGCAACCAAGGGCGGCGGAGUGGAAGGAGGAGGAGCCACUGAUCAGCAGCCUCAAAUUUCUACCGAUCAGGGUUCAUUCGAGGGCCGUGUGGUGGUGGUGUGUGAGAAGAUGAUGUCUCAGCCAUGCUGGGCUUCAUCUAAUCAGCUCGUCCACAGUAAGAACUCCAGAGGAAUGACCUUACUGCAUCUGGCUGCAGCUCAGGGCUAUGCAGGGCUCAUUCAGACACUUAUUCGCUGGCGCACAAAGCAUGCCGACAGUAUUGACCUCGAACUGGAGGUAGAUCCUCUCAACGUAGACCACUUCUCCUGCACUCCAUUGAUGUGGGCAUGUGCUCUGGGCCAUACUGAGGCAGCAUUGGUGCUUUACCAAUGGGACCCAAGAGCUCUGGCUAUUCCUGAUUCGCUGGGACGCUUGCCGCUCAACAUCGCCCGAUCCCGGGGCCACACUCGAUUGGCUGAGCUCUUAGAGCAGCUGCAACAGACUCCUCAAGCUCAGGGCCAGCCUGCUGACACUUGGAUGGACAGGUGGAGAGGAGAGUCACAGACCAGCGGAAUAAGCAACAGCCCUACCCCAAACAAUAACUCAGAGCUGAGGAGAGCCAGGGCAGAGAGCCAGCCAGACAACCAGAACCCAAGCUGGAGCCAAACAGGACACAGAGCCCAACAGGGAACCCAGGGAGAACAGGGAGGCCCACCCCCAGCCAAGAGACUUAAACCCAACCCAGACACCCAGCAACAGCUAGCUAACUCACCCCCUGGCACCAACACCCUCAACUCUCUCCUCAACUCGUCCUCCAGUCCUGACCCUCAAGGCUCUGUCCUCCCCAGCACCCUACAAACUCAACCCUCCAACCUCAGCUGUCAGAACACACCUCCUGCCAGCUCCAGCCCUAACCGGCCUCAGCUCCCCAGCGCUCCAUACUCCCACCUGCAGGCCAGGAUAGGGGGGUCUGGAGGGGGCACCAGGUGGAGUCUGAGACAGACUCUGGGGCAGCGUAGCCUAGCCAGGAGGAUUCUAGGAAAAGAACGACUGGCCAUUCACCUGCGCCAAAGAGUGCUGUCUGACAGGGGAGAGGAGACAGAGCUGCUGACCUAUCAGGAUAACACAGAGGACUUGCAGAUGGACAUUACGAUGCUAGCUGAUCACAUCAUGGAGGCAUCAACUGGUAGGCUUAAGCAGGAGGCUAUAGAGACUGAAAUAGAGUCCGGGAAGGUGGGGAUCUGCAGUGAUGUCAGAUUACUGUCUGGUUACCUCAGUGAGGUGGAGAGGUUUCUAAACUCAAAGCCCCAGACUCCUAGCCCCAAACCAAACUCUCUCUCAGGGCCUGAGGAUCAGCAGAGUCCUCAGGCCAAGCAAGCCCUAUCCUCCCCUUUUGACUGGACCUCCUUCCUCUGUGCAGCUAUGAAAGAGGAGAGGUUGAAAACUGACUCGUCCUGUCUAGCCAUGACUGAGGCAGAACAGGGAGAGCUGUAUGAGACCAUCAGGCAUGCUCUGCACUCCCUCAGAAAACAUAAGGGUCCCAUUCAGGAACAACGCAAAGAGAUUGCAGCAGUGAUUCAGCGCUGUUACAAGAGAUACAAGCAGUAUGCACUUUAUAAGAGGAUGACCCUGGCAGCCAUCCUGAUCCAGAGUCGUUUCCGGAGUUUCCAUGAGCAGAGGAAGUUCCAACAAAGUCGUAGAGCAGCGGUCCUCAUCCAGCAAUACUACCGCUCCUAUAGACACUCCCUCAGCAGCCUCCUAACAAAAAAACAGAUCCAGGCUGCUCGCAAGAUCCUGAGGUUCCUGCUUCGAUGCCGCCACAGCCCCUUGAUGGACCAUAGGCCUCUGAAACGGGGCCAGAGAGCAGAGAAAGGCCAGGGGUCCUGAGAGCUCACCGCCAGACCCCACACACAGCCCCCUCAGCCUGUGAGCAAUCUAUAAACCCUCCCCUCCCUCCAUCUUCUCCCUAUUCCUUUCUUCCAUUCUCCCAAAAACUUCUUCCCUUUUCCAUUCCCCAACCCCUUCUCCUGCCCCUUUCUUUCCUCUCCGCCCUCCUUAUUUCUCACCUUCUCUCCCCUCUUCUCUCAAGAGGGAAAAAAAAACUCUUCCCCAGACAGACUGAGGACAGGAUAGGUGUCCAUCAUGGCAGCUCAGACAGACAGACUGCUGGGUAGAGCCCAGGGACCUGGCUCUGCCCACAGCACUGAUCCUCCUCCACAGUUUCACUGGGAGGCCAUCACAUUAACCUCAUGGCAUUCUUUGCACUCUUCAUGGGUAUGUUUCUUUGCAAGAGCAAGUCAACGAGUCAGACGAGAGGACACGAAGGAAGCGCCUGAUGCCAACAUCCUGAUGACUGGAUGUGCUGAAAGGCUCUGGUGAUGAACAGCUGGCUCAAGAUAAAGGCUACUUUGACAUGCAGAAAACAUACAAAACCUUUUGCGUUUUGUAUCCAAACAGUGAUCCAUGAAAGAAUAAGAAAACAUAAACCAAAAAACUCACUUCUAUGUUGCAUUUGCAUGCAAGGUUUCUCCGCUUAUUCCUCCUCUCCAUCAUCCUGAAGAGCUAUAGUGGCAAAAUAUUCAGCUGAUUCAGUAUAUCACAAUACCACCAACCACUCUGACUCACAGGCUUACAAACCUAUUAAUCAGUCACCCGAUCAAAAGGGGAGGAACUGCACUUGAAUGUAAGAGGGGCAUUGUUAGAUAAGGGUUGGGGUCUGAAUAACGAUGUCUUAAUUUGUUACAUGGACUUUGUAUGGAGUCGUUCUCAGAGGCAGCACUUUGCUCGCCUGACGUGGUGUGUCCGUGUUUGUUCAAUUCAAUGCAUGUGUUUGAGCUACGAGCUCCUGCAUGCUUGCCAAACCGCUUUAGUGUUGUUUUUUUUGUAUUUCUAUGUGUAGUUGUGUCUCACUUACGUCCUCAUCAACUUAUCCUUGCCCUGUGUAAUGUGAACUGUGUAAGGACAAAUGACUUAUUUUGGGUGCUUUUUUUUACGUUAUUUAUUCAAGGGUCUAAUUAUUUAUUUAAUUGGCUCAAGAGUGGUUUAGCUUGAGACUGGUUUCCCCCCUUGUGUGGUAAAAUAUGACAUGUUCCAAUGGUUAAAUGUCUCUGUUAGUUUGUUCUUUGAGUGAACCUCUAAAUCCUAACUGUGGUUUUGAGGAGAGAGUCACAUACCAUUGCCUUGACUUCUUCUUGACUCUGAGAGGUCUCUAUGCGUGCUCUGUACAGGACAUGGGUCCUAUACCUGCCCCUAUACAGGGCAUUGGUCCCCAUAUUAGCCCAUACGGGCGAACAAAUCCAUAUUUUGGACUAUUGCAUAUUCCUGUAUAUAAACUGACGAGGUAAGGGGAUACGAGGACCCUGAAACUUUUUCAUAAAAGGACUGUAUUUAAGAUUAUAAAUUAUUUUACUCCCAUAAUGAAAACUUAAGACAGAGACCUGGGUACACAGGAUGGCUGUAUUGCUUGUAAAUAAUGUAGAUAUUACAAACGGAGUAAUGUGCAUGAGAUUUAAGACAAAGAAACAGCAAAAAGAACAUGUUAGUGGCUAUGGACUGUGAGAGGAUUUUAACUGCUUCACUUUAAGAGUAUCCAGUAUAAGUGUUACUGAAAAGAACAUUUUGUUAAAAGCAUGCAACUGAAAAAUCUAAUGUUAGAAUUAUAAGUGGGAAAACAAAGUUAGCUGAAACAAUGAUCUUUCAGACAAAACAUUUACACUUUGUGCUUUUGUUUCUUGGCUAGCAAAAAUGAAAACCCUUUUUGCCAGUAGUGCCAAUUAUUAUGAAUGCUAUUUUGCCUAACAAUAUGUUAUGUUGGGGAAACCAACACCCAAAAGAUAUCAGUAAGAUCCACAGAGGCAACACACACAGACAAUAAACAGUAGAAGAGAUCUAGCUCUAGCUAAACCGUAGACCUCCUACAAGUUCUGAGGUUUGUCUAAGGCAGACUUCCAUGUAGAUUAUGAUGGUGAUGGUGAUGAUGCAAGUAUGAAAAUGAUACUAAUGGUGAUGGAGAUGAUGAUGGUCGUUUUAAUGUGAAUGCAAUGAAUGAUGAUCCAAAAAAGGGAAGAGGGUGCUACAUUCUUUACAAUGGGGUUGUGCUUCAGCAACGUACUAGCUUUUAUUAAGACCAUUAAUCACACCUACAGCAGAUCCAGCCUGGCCUCCAGUCAAAGCUUUCCAUCUUCAAACAGAAUGUCUCCUCCCCACUUUUUUACACAUUCUUUUAUUUAUUUUUUUUAUGUUCUGCUCAUUGUUACUGCCAUUAUUGUACGACAUGUACUUUAGACUUCUGGAAAGCUCUGUUUAGAAAGUGCCUGCUCAAUAACAGAAAAGUGCAAGCUAAUAUCAGGAAAUAUCUAUUGUAUGUCCUCCAAAAGGUUGCCAGUUACCUGUUUAUUUUCCUAAAUUGUGUGUUAAAAAUGAACUUGACAGUGUUAAACUUGAUCCGAGUCUAAGUUAGAAGCUCUAAUUUGUUGGUAUGAAUGAAUGCUCAUGGCCUGAUUGAUGCUAUGUGUUGCUUUACGAGACAAACCAGUAAUUACAGUAUCACUUUAUGCCCCACUUGUGUGUCAGUUUUGAGUAUUAGAACAAGAAACCCGUAGAGUUCAGCCUCUGUGUAUGAAAGGCACUGUCACGAGUCUAUUCAGCGUCCCAGUGUCGCUGCUGGGAUGAAGAUGUGUUUUCUUGCAUGGACUCACUUUGUCUAUCUUUCCUCAAAAUAUGUUCUUGCAGCAUUUAAACGAAAGCGCAACCCAGCAGUUUUCUAGAAGACAAAAUAGCUAUCAUACACACUUUCUUUCUUUGUCUUUCUCUGUCACUCACUCUCUCUCUCUCUCUCUCUCUCUCUCUCACACACACACACACGUAAACACAUACAUACACAGUCAUACACAAAUGUACACAUUCAGACACACAAAAAAAAGCCACACUCUUUCUCUCUGUGCUUAUGUCUUUGGGAACAAUUAAAUCUCUCCCUUAGACUUUACUCAGGGUUGAAGAACAGGGAGAUGGUAUGUGGAGUGUAAUGAUCGCUGACACAGAGUUGUACCACUACUGGUGACUGUGUACAUUUGUGUUUGCAUAUGUAUGUGUACAUAUUUGUGUAUGUUAGGGAUACUCCAGUUGUUCAUUCACUAAUCAGUAUCUACAAAUUUCCAAAUCAUGGUCUUGAUUGACGCACUCCGUCUGAUAUUUAAGUCUCAUUUUGUGAAGAAGCAAAUGUGAUAGGGUUUGCUUCAUCCAAGCUGUGUUUGCAUCACUUUUUCUACAAGAAAAUAAAUCUCCAAAUUCAGUAUUUUAUAGGAUUUUGUUUGAAUAUAAACUAAAUUCAACGCAAGUAAGAAGUGAUAUUUCUAUUUAUACAUGUGCUCUUGUCUUAAACGCACAAGAUUCUUAAUACAAACAAUUCUUAAAUAAUGCAAAAAUAGGUAACGGCCACAUGUCACCUCAAGUUAUGAGAUAGUAUAUUGAAAGAUUUACAAUUGGAAGAUCUCUAUUAUGUGUGUUUCACAUGUUUUCUGAAUUUUCAUCAUACUGAGAGACAGCCAUGGUCAGGACAGCGCUGUCAGGAGCAUUCAUGCUACAAUAUCACUUGAACCUCCUCUUAAACUGACCCCUCCUCUCACAUCAGCACAACUAAAGUCACAAAGAACUCUGCUUUGGACUCCUUUAUAUAUAUUGUAUGAACACACAAACAAAUAUACACACACUCCAACAUCCAAAUGCUUGUGCUUAUCAACACACAAUACACAAAACUAGACACAGAUUUAAGAAAAUCCAUCAAUAUGUUCAUGUUUUUGGAGAGGAUGGUGACUGUAAAAAGAGUAAAUAGAGUAGAAAAAGUAAAAAAAAUAAAAAUAAAAUAAAGAAAUAUUGCCAUAGUAGACAGCUGGUAGACAUGCGCAGAGAUGGCCUCUGUUCUCAUUUGUCCGCCUAGAAAUGAAUGGUAUAACCUUUCAGGCCUUGUUUUGAGAGGGGGCGUGGCCAAACACCACAUUGCAUGCUAGAAUGGUAGACCCUUAUAGAUAAUCUAUGGCUAGACCUCUCCUUGCCUUCCUCUUCUUUCACCCCGUCUUCCCUCUCUCAUUUCCUGCUGUAUUCCCACCUUGCCUGCUGUUGUGUUCUCCAUGCCUAUCUCAGUCUUUCAUUCCUCUUUUUUUUGUAGCUUAGUUUUUACUUUGUUUGUUUUACAAACGUGCAUGCACAAGCAUCACUAAAUUGUUGAUGUUUUUAAAAGAAUAUUUUGUUGCUGAGGCCAUGCAAAGUGUUUUGAAUAUUGCCCUUAUAUGUGGAAAAUGUCUUCUGAAUGCUUUACAUAAUUUCUGCUGUAAAAUGAAAUCAGAAUAAAAAGAAAAUUUGCACUUUAA